AUGGAUGGUUUAAUUCACGCGGCAUUGGAAGCAGAGGUAAUACUUAACCGGGCGAAACAUGUGAAAACAAACUUAACACAAUUUGACAGUGGUGUCUCAGAUCAUAAAAUGACUUGGACUCAUCAGAAGAUGCACCUAGCGGAAUCUGUUGAUGACUCUAGGAUGAAGUUUCAAAGAAAUUCUGUCAACUCUGCUGCUAAAAGCUCAGAAAAGUUUGAUUUAUUUAAAAAACUCCAUGAACUCUACAAUGAGCUUAGCAGAGAUGAAUCUUCACAAGCUAACUAUCAAGGGCUAAAGACCACCUCAUACUUAUUGGAAAAAUUAUUAGCUACAUAUAAUCUAAACACAUUAAUAAUUAAUUUAUACCCAGGAAAUAAGGGGUACUCUCUUUCACUUAAAGUUAAUGGGAAUACACAGUAUAUUCAACCUCCUGAUGCAAAUGCUUCAUCAAGUCAAGAUGAGACUUUAAUAGAGACACCUAGAUGGCCCUAUGAAGAAGAAGAACUUCUUAGUUACAUAGAUAAUGAAGAACUACCAGUGGUGCUUUUGGAUUUACUAGAGUCAGAACAUUCUUGUCUUUUUUACUCAGGUUGCAUUAUAGCCCAAAUUAGAGAUUAUAGGCAAGCCUAUCCAAGUUUUGUAUGUGAUACACAUCAUGUCCUCCUAAGGCCUACUAACCAGAGUAUAAUAACUGAUGCCAUGUGCAUUGGUGGGCGCUGCGGGUGGGUAGGAGAAGAAAGAGGUGCAUUAGAAGCCGUAGAAGCCGCUCUGGUCCAUGCAGCUGCACCUCCUCUAUGCUUGGAACCUAGGCCUGCAGUGGGAUUGUUAGCAGCUAGAUUGCAUGCAUCACCUAGAUUGUUUAACACCCCACGGAUACGAAGGCAAGCUAGGAGAUUUUCCCAGGUGGCUGUGAAUAGAAAGAGGAAACUGGACCAGUUUACUCAUUAUCAUGGGUUGGAGCUGCUGGAAUUGAUUCAUCGUCAGAGAGCAAAAAAUAGUAGGCAAUCAGUUCCUCAUACACGUCUCACAUCCAAGUAUCCUAAAAAACCACCAGAGGUCUUCAAGCCAAUCGAACCUCCCAGAAUGGAGCCACUACCGUUGGCCCUUCCUUCUGAACCAAGCGGGCCCCUACGCUUAGCUAGAGCGUAUGAGAGACCUCGACCAACACCGGACUGCCAGCCACAAUUAGUAGAGGAAUAUAUAUUGGAAACAGAGAAAACAUCACCCCACGCUAGCGCUGGCUUCUUCCAUAUAAAGCUGUCGAUAUUACAAAGGCCGUCCGAUCAAGAGUUCCUAGGCGAAUUGUAUGUGGAUAGAGAUCAUGUUGAAGGGGAACGGAAUGGUGCUGCUUGUAGGUUUACUUUGGGAUCACGACUCCAAGCUAAUAAAUACAUCCAGCAGUUUACAGAAAUUUUCACAGAAGAAGGCCGAAAAUCAGUUAGAAUAAAGCACAUAGUUCCUGGACAACUUCCUAGAGUCUCUUUUACUGGAGGGAUGAGAGAAAUUCAGGGUCAGCAAUUGCUGCUACAACAGCGUACGGCGCAAGCGAGCAGCUCUACAGUACAAACCCAUGCAACUACAGUGCCUGUAGUAACUUCUGCCAUAGCAGCGACUCCCAAUCCUCAUACAAAUGCGCGGCAGCUACCCAUACUGCAGGCACAGCUCCAGCAGGUAGGCAAUGUGGGGGGUGUUACCGCUGUAGGUACAGUAGUGGGCACAGUGGGAACGGUGGGCACAGUGGGAACAGUGGGCACAGUGGGAACGGUGGGAGCGGUUGGGAACGUCGGUAACGUGGUCAACGUGGCGGCCGGUGUGUCGGGGGCGGCGGUAGAGGCAGCGCUGAAGCAACAACCCUCACCUACACCGCGAUUGUCGCCGCAGGCGUCGACGAAUCAGUUACUAGCUCAACAGCUCACAAACCCACCGCAACCUUUAAACCCGCAGAAAAUGCAGUCCGCAAUCAUUCACAUACAGCAUCCGAUUAUGUCUUCGGCCGUAACCCCUCAGGUGCAAAGUAUACAAUAUACAAAUACAACGACAACACAACAGAAGGCGACGAUCACUAAGCCGAGAUCAACAAACCCGGCCAUUAACGCGCUCGUCACUAGUCUUAUGAACUCAGCUCAACAAUUCCAACAGGCGGCGAGUCAAAACGCAGCGAAAGCAGUGAGCACAGCCAACAGCAACGCGACGAUCCUCAACCUGCUGAACAGCGCGCCGGCGGCCAUGACGCACGCGCACGCGCACGCGCACGCGCACGCGCCGGCGCCCGACGACGCGCACAAGCUGCUGGCGCGCACCGUGUCUCUCGCCGGCGCGCGCCUCGUCGCCGCCUCCGCCGCCGCCAGCGCCGCGCACACGCUGCCCACUUAUACGCAACAGGUGAUGACGGGCUACACGCGCGACAACGAGUCAACAAACGUGUCGAGUAGCGAGAGCGCCUUGCUGGAGCGGCUGAUGGGCCCCGAGCCGGCGGCCGCGCCGCCCGCGCCGGCGCAGCAGCAGCCACAACCUGUGUGCCAUUUGCAGGGUCUAAGCCUAACCUCCCUCCAAGGGCUCCAAGGUAUCCAAGGGCUCCAGAACGUGCAAGUUCAAAUCCCAGGGCUGUCGGCGCCCAUCUCGCUGUCGCUGAACGUGUCGGGCGCGCCCAGCGGCCUGCUGGUGUCCGUGCCGCCGACCACCUCCGUGGUUCUCACUAACCAGCCCUCAGUGCUGUCUCUGCCUAUAGCGCAACUGGUGUCCGGCGGCGUGAAGGGCGGCGUGCGUGGCGGCGCCGUGCAGGUGGUGCGCGCGCCGCGCCCCGCGCGCCCCGCGCGCCCCGCGCCGCCCGCGCCGCGCGCCGCGCCCGGUACGACCCAAUUUAUAACGCAGGCACAGGCACAGACGUUAAAUGCGCAUCAAGUGCGACGGAAAUCGAAUCCAGAUAGUUCA